CAAAGAAUUUCCCUCAAUCUGUUUUUACCUCACCAACCCACAUGUUCAAAUAGAAAGUGAGCUUUAUUUGGAUCUGCAUCCUGCUAAGUGUGUGAGGGUGGCAGGGAUGGAUGUAAGUAUCUUACCACAUCCGCUGGUGGUGGUGACACUUAGAACGGGCAGGGAUAGUAAGAGACGGACCGCGCGCCACCUCACAGUGCAGCUCCGACCAGCGCACGAGACACUGCAUGGGAUGACUCGGAGCGGAGUACUUCGUAUACUCUGAGUGGUAUAGGCCUACUUAUCACACUUUGAGCGGAAUGCUGCUUGCGUCUUUUCUUCGUAUCCAGGCACGCGCAGAUAAAUGAAAGUGGUUCUAAACGGCUCGCUGUGUUCCCGUCGCGGUCCGUCUGAUAUCGGCGGCUCCUCGCGCCACCUCCUCCUCCGGAGUGAUGGACACUUUCCAGAGCGCGUGCGAUGUGACCGGCCGCGGGAAAUGAAUCUCUCCAGGAUCUACACGCGGUUCGAGCACUUCUUAUCCGCCAACUAUUCCCUCUGGGAGGACCGUACCCAUGACUACAACUGGACCUUCCUCAACCCCAACCCCUUCUCCGUGGACGUGUUGUUCUCGGGCCACGAGCCGGGCACCAUCGCUCUCGUGGUCAUGUACACCGUAUCGUUCAUCGCGGGGCUCGGCGGGAACGUCAUGGCGCUGCUGGUACUCACGCGUAAACGGAACCGGCUGUCCGGGGUGUCGGCCACGCGCCGGCUGCUCGUCAACCUGGCGGUGUGCGACAUGAUGGUGGUGUGCGUGUGCAUGCCCGUCAACCUGGGCCACCAGGUAUACAACGCCUGGGUGUUCGGGGACCUGAUGUGCCGCGCGGUGCCCUUCGUGCAGGCGGUGUCCGUGUCCGCGAGCGUCCUGAGCCUGGCUGUCAUCAGCCUCAACCGCUACUACAGUGUGCACAACCCCCUGCACGCGCGCUCCUUCUUCACGGGCCGGCGGAUCCUGGGCAUGAUCUGCCUGGUGUGGGCGGCGGCGUCCGGCCUGUGCCUCCCGCUGCUGUUCAUGAACACCACGCGGGCCCUGGCGCUGCUGGACGGGGCGUACACGGUCACGGUGUGCGUGGAGGGCUGGAGCCAGGUGCGGCUGCGGCAGGGCUACAACUUCCUGCUGUUCUGCUCGCUCUACUGCUUCCCCGUGGUGUUCAACCUGGUCAUCAGCUGCCUGACCGUGCGCAAGCUGUGGGGCGCGGACGAGAAGCUGCUGAGCGAGCCCAACCAGCAAGGGAGCGCGCAGGUGGUCUCGCGCAUACGGGUGCGUAAAAGGAUCGCCAAGAUGGUGCUGUCACUGGUGCUGCUGUUCACCCUGUCCUGGCUGCCCCUGUACGUGGUGGACAUCUGGAUCGAUUUCAACAUGCCAGACUCACUGGAGCGCGAGGAGGGGAGCGAGGUGAACCACUUGCGCCACGAGUGGAUCCUCCAGGGGAGGCCGUUCGCGCAGUGGCUCGGGCUCACCAACUCGGCGCUCAACCCGCUGUGCUACUGCUUCGUGGGGAACCUUUACCGGUCGGCCCAGAGGUUCCGGCAGAGCUACCGGGAUAAACUGUCCUCUGUAUUCAGCCUGUCGCUCCAGCAGCCCUCCACGUGCAGCUCGCAGAGCAAAGCGACCCCGUGCGCUCUGGCGCACGGGGAGAAACGCGCGCCAGGCGUCGCGAGCGCCUCCAAGGUUUACGGCCAGGGCGGGAACAAUUUGGCCAAGAGCAAGAGCCUGUCGGCCGUGACGGUGUGUGAGACGGUGUUUGACUGACAGUGGGUGAGACAGUGUGGGACGGAAAGUGUGUAUGUGAGCCAGUGUUUGACUGAAAAUAGUGUGUGUUGGACGGUGUUUGACCGAGAGUUUGUGGGACGGUAUUUGACUGAGAGUGUGAGUGAGCCGGUGGAGGACUGAAUGUGUGUGAAUCGGUGUGGGACCGUGGUGUUUUACUGAGGAAGCCGUAAUGACACACCCGAGACCCUGCAAGUAGGGAGGAAGGUGUCGGUGGAAGUAUUGCCCAUUGGACCAUUUCACGUGUAUAUACAUUUUGCGUAUGUUGUCCAGUAGCCACAAAGUUUAAUUGUAUUAGACAUUUAUAAACAGUUUCAUAUCAACCUGCUAUUUGCUGUUAAAUAGUCUUCACUGGGUUAAACAACAACAUCAACAACGUGUGCAUUAAAAAUGUAUUUCCAUAUAUCUGAGUCAUCCCGUCAUUACCUACAAAACUUUUUUCUUCAAUAAUAAUCCAGGAGAUAAUUUAGCUUUUACUAUCACAAAGUUUUCGUUUUGAUUUUCGAAAGGUCCCCUAUUGAAAAUAUCUGAUAAAGGAUUAAAAAAAAGAAAUGAAACACAGAGCAAGCUGUUAAUCUUUUCGAU